AUGGAUACCGUCGAUACUAUCACCAUAGAUAAUGCUAUAAAAAUAUUUACGUCUGUCAUGUGUUCUUUAAGUGUCACCGAUAAAAAUGUGUUUUUGUCGUACAUCGCUGAUAAAUGGAAACCAGAGCAAAUAAAGUCACAGCCUUUCACGGGGGAUACGAUGCAGGAGUCUUCGGAAUGUACUGUAGAAGAUAAACAAGUAAAAAUUAUAAAAAUGAUCGCCAACGACAUUAGAAAACGAGUACCAAUGGAUGGAACGUUUCCGUUGGAAGAAAUUCUACCACCAACGAUCGGCGAGAACUCGGAUUGCGACAAGGAGUCAACGAAACACGUCGACGCGUUUCUCUACGACAAUAGAAAGCUAGAUGAACUUAUAGAAAAUGGGGAGGUGGUUAACAUAUAUUGUGCUGACUGUUUGUCUGAAAAUGUGAGGCAAUAUAAUAUUAUCUCGCACUCAUUGUCACUGUCUGCUGUGCUGUAUAUAUUUCACAGCAUUUUACCAAGUUUACAAGGGAAGUUUGUGCUUGACAUAGGUUCCCGAUUGGGUCCUGUUCUGUAUGGAGCAUAUGUAUUGACGUCUGCGGAGAAAAUUAUUGGCGUUGAAAUGAACAGAGAAUGCUGCCUGCUGCAACAUGACAUAAUAAAUAAAUAUAACAUGAACGAUCGCAUUGAGAUUGUGAAUAAAAGGAUUGAGGAAUGUCCUGAAAUAGUUCAGACGUGUGAUGUGAUCAUUAUGAACAAUCCGUUUGAAUUUUAUGCCUCAGAAUCAGUGCAUAGAGAAAUUUGGAAGUUUUUGAUAGCCAAUAUUCAGAGUGGGACAAUUCUAGUUACCAAACCAUCCAUCGAAACUAUCUUUAAAAAUUUGAAAAUUGGUCCAGCAAGUCAAUGGGUGAAGUCCUACAAACCGGAAAAGACUGUAGAUGAAUUUGAAAUAUUUGGAUCAGUGGCCGUGGAGUCUGCUGAACACGAAGAUAUAAAAUUCUAUGAGGUGCUCUAACCCCAAAGAGACAAUUAAAAAGACUGUGAAUUUUUUAUAAAUUUA